AUGGGACGUAUGCAUAAUCCCGGAAAGGGUAUGGCCAAAUCGGCCUUACCGUAUCGCCGCUCCGUUCCAACGUGGUUGAAGAUGAGCAGUGAAGAGGUGGUCGACCACAUCUGCCGAAUUGCGAAAAAGGGUCUACGGCCAUCCCAGAUCGGCGUGUUGCUUCGUGACUCACAUGGAGUUGCUCAAGUGCGCCGCAUUACCGGAAACAAGAUUGUUAGAAUUCUCAAAGCGAAGGGUAUGGCUCCCGAAAUCCCCGAAGAUCUUUAUCAUUUGGUGAAAAAGGCCGUCAGCAUCAGGAAACAUCUCGAGCGAUGCCGCAAGGACCGUGAUUCCAAGUACAGAUUGAUUCUUGUCGAAAGUCGAAUCCACCGUCUUGCCCGUUACUAUAAAACUUCCAAAACGCUUCCACCAUCUUGGAGAAGAACCUUCUUUUAUUUGUUAUCUCACUCUCGUUAUGCGUUUCGACCACCGGAAAUUAUGAGGACGAUAUUCUUUUUGUUUUUGAUAUUUAUUCACUCGGCUUUUUUGGAUAUUAUUCGUGGUCAACCGCCAUUGGUCGGAAAUCUCACGCCAAGCAUUUAUUUAACGGUGAAUGAGGGUAAUCCUUUUCAACUUGAAUGCCCUCAAACGUUGAGUCCUGUUGAAUAUCAAUGGUUGAAAGGACGAGAGAAUAUCGAAUCAUCAAAGGUUCUUCAAAUCCCGCAGGCUUCAAUCGAGAACUCGGGAACAUAUUAUUGUGUGGCAAAGAACAGUUUUGGAGCAUCGAUUCUUCAAGUUUUUAUUGUCUCGGUGCAAUAUCUUCACGAUUUUGCCGACAGUAACGAUCAAACGAUCGAUUCCCAUUCGGAUUCUCCAUUCAUUCUUAAACGUCCUCAAUUGAUCGCUUCAAACGCAAUCCGCCCAACGUUUUUUUGGUAUCGAAAUGACAUUGAAAUUUCAUCGAAUUUGACGCACUACGUCACCGGAAACGGGGAUCUUAUUGUGCUUGACGAUCACCGCGCUGAUGGAAGUUAUCGUGUGACCGCUUAUGAGGAACACCUCGGCGAGGCGGCAUCGGGCGUCUAUUUUGUCUCCAUCAAUCCAUCACCAAAAGGACAAAAGAUCAACAACUUCUCGAUCGUUUACGGUCCAACAGACUCGAAUUUGAUUCUGAACGAAGAAACGAAAGAAACGAUAUUGGAUUGCGUGCCAAGUUAUAGCUCUGGGGUGAAUGUGAAUUGGUUUAUCGACGAUCAACCAAUAAAUGACGAUUCAUCAGGAGUCAAACUCAACCAGCUCAAUCGGCAACUUGUCAUCAAGAAAAACAGUGAUUUGAUAAAGAAUAAAUCUUCUUUGUCGAUUCGUUGUCGGUGCGAUGCGCUGGGUGGAAGAGUUUUCGAUGAGAAGACGGCCGUUUUACGAGUCAUUGCCAACCCACAACUGAAUCUCCUCCCGAGUGAGCUGAUCAAAACGAUCGGCGAGAAUCUCCACGUGAAAUGCUCGCUGAAAGAUGGCUUCGGUCCGGCCGAGAUCCGGUGGUGGCACAACGGGAAAAUGCUUGACACUCGUGAUGGGAUAAUCACCUUGUCUUCCGUAAAUCAACAAGAUUUUGGUAUCUAUCAAUGUGAGGGAACGAAUCAAGCAGGAACAACAUUGUCGACCAUUUGGAUCCACGAGGCACUCACAAAUGAGAAACGAAAAGAGCGAAUCGAAUCGGAAAACCUUUGGGGGUUCGAGGAUUCAUCGCUUGAACGAUCGACAAAUGAGACUAUCGUUCCAUUGACAUUCACGAGGAAACCAGUGGAUAAAGAGGCGCGAAUCGGGGAUGAGGUGACUUUUGACUGUUCUGCUGACGGCACACCGAAACCGCGAAUGAAAUGGAUGUUUAAUGGGAAAGUGAUCCGGGGAGAGUCAUCAAAAUACGAGAUCACGAGAGAACGGCUCACGAUCAGCUCUAUUAAGACAUCCGAUCAAGGAGAAUACAUCUGCGUUGCCGAAACAUCAAAGGGAUCCAUCGAGGCAUCAGCGAGAAUGAAUGUCAUUGGUAUUUCGUUAAUCGAGAACGGGCCGACAAAUCAGAGUAUUUUGAUUGGGACAAAUAUUGAGAUCCCGUGUGAGACAAGCAAGGAUUUAAGCGAAAAAGUCGAAGUGUCAUGGUCGUUGAAUGACGAACCAAUCGGUUUCUCGGGCAACAACGGUCUUCGGAUUACGCAACGAAAAAAUCGUCUCCUGAUCAGCCAAGUUGGACCGGAUAAUAUUGGAGAAUACAAAUGUACGAUUCGGUACAACGAAAUCGAGCAGACACAAUCGGCGUGGUUGAGGAUUAUUGAACGUCCAUCGAUGCCCGUUGCGGUGAAUGCUUUGCUGAUGAAUGAAACGGUUCCCGCGAAAAUUCGUGUCUCUUGGAAACAAGGUUUUGAUGGGAACUCCCCGAUUCUUCAUAAUUUCAUUCAAACGCGAACGCUCGGCCCGACAAAUCAAUGGGGAGUGUGGGAGAAUGUCGUCAAUUCGGUGCCACCUGAAAAUUGUUGCUCUUGGCUGAUCGAUAACAUCAAACCAUCGAUUACAGCCGAGUUUCGUGUGGUCGCCGUGAAUAGACACGGUUCCGGUAUCCCGUCAGUGUCAACGAAUAAUAUCACAAUGCCUCAACAACCGCCUGCCUCAGCCCCAACAGGUGUUGUCGCAAGCGCUCGUUCCUCAACAUCAGUUGUCGUUCAAUGGCAACCACCGCCAUCCGAACAAUGGAAUGGAGAUAUUCUUGGAUAUAUCAUUAGAUAUCGUCUCGCUGGCUAUGAUACUUUACCGUGGAACGAGAAGAACAUCACGAAUACUUUAUCCAGAGUUAUGCCGAUUGACCCGCUAAUCACAUGGAGAACGUAUGAGAUACAGAUAGCCGCUUACAACCACCGUGGUUUGGGAGUUUUCAGCAAUAGCAUUGAAGUGACAACACUGGAGGGAGUGCCCACCCAAUCACCAAAAAAAGUGGAAGCGAAAUCGAUAAACUCAACCUCGAUUUCCCUAUCAUUCAUAGCACCCGAUCAACAACGAAUUCCUGGAGUGAAUCUUGGAUAUAAAGUACAAUUCUGGAAAGGAGCACCGGGCCGCGGCGUACUCUAUAAACAAGAAGAUCUCUAUCCAAGUGGAUCCGAGAUUUCAGUGAUCGUUGACGGCUUGGAGAAAUGGGGACAUUAUAAUGUGACUGUUCUUUGUUAUACGAGUCCCGGAGAUGGGCCACGGAGUGAUGCUGUUCUUGUGGUUACUGAAGAAGACAUUCCGGGAUUGGUAGCAGAUUUGGGAAUAGAUCAUGAUCAAAUCAUGUCAAACAGUGCAGUCAUUCAAUGGAAUCAACCAAGAGAAGCGAAUGGAAAGAUCAUCAAUUAUGAAAUGAACUAUUGGAGAAACGAUAAUUCGGAGGAUAAGAAGAAUUUGCAAUUGAAUGGAGAACAACAUGAAAUAUUAUUGGAAUCUCUUCAACCAUCCACACAAUACGUUGUGGAGAUACGGGCAAAAACAUCGAAAGGAUUCGGACCGUGGUCAGAGACGAGAUUCGAGAGUGGAGUGCCGCCAGAGUUACCCGGUCGUCCAAGCUCUCUAUCAAUUUCUUCAAUCUCAACCCGAUCCGUGCUUCUGCAAUUCCUCCCCGGAUUCGAUGGACACACAGCUAUUCGUCAAUGGAUUGUCGAGGGUCGUAUCGGGGAUAGUAGCAUCUAUCACACUCUUUUCAAUAUCAGUUCUCCAAAAGCUCGUUCAUUGAAUGUCACCGGUCUCCGGCCAUAUACCCGAUAUCAAUUGAGAAUAAUCGCGGAGAAUGUCGUCGGAAAGAGUCUCCCAUCUGAGCCAACAACCACAUUUGAGACAAAAGCCACGAUUCCCGAGUCUCCAUCAUCCAGGCUAUGGUUCGAGCCGAUCUCCGCCACGGCUUUAGUCCUCACAUGGACUCCACUUCAGCAUUGGCAAUGGAAUGGACAUCCGAGUGGAUAUUUGAUCACCUAUCGACAGAAUAAUACACAAGAUUGGAAAGAGAUCCGCAUUUCCUCAUUGAGAGCCACCGAUUUUACGUUGAGAGAUCUCCGGCCAUUCACUCUUUAUGAAGUCGAUUUCUUCGCUGAGAAUAACAUCGGGAAAUCGGCACCGACUGGGAAGACAUUCGCGAAAACUUAUGAGAGUAUUCCAUCGGGAGCACCCACAGAUAUAAAGGCAACUCUCGAAAAGAACGCUCAAACGACGAUUUUGAUUGAGUGGAAUCAAGUGGAAGAACAAAUGAGAAAUGGGGAAAUUAUGGGAUACAAGGUUCGAAUAAGUCCCGCCGAGAAGCCGGAAUUGAGAACGGAAUACGAGAAAACGAUUGAAGUUGAUGGGGAAAAGACGAUCAAAUUGAAGAUCAAUGAUUUGAGAGCAUUCACUUCAUACAAUGUUUUUGUCUCGGCUCACACAGUGAUCGGCGAUGGACCGGAGAAUUCAAUUCCAGCCACAAUUAUGACUGGAGUCGAUUUGCCAACCGAGCCAGAAAAUGUCGGUUUCUCGUUUGUGAGCGAAGGCGAGGCUCGUCUACGAUGGCUUCCACCAGCGAAUCCAAAUGGAAGGAUUACGAAAUACAUUGUCACCUAUGUGCGUGUGGAUGAUUUGAAAGAGUCAGAAAUUGAUCGAUCGAUUACCGUCCCCAUUGAAUCGACGAGUUUCGGCUUUUCAGCAAAUGGACUUGACGCCAAUUCGAGAUACCGUUUCACAAUUAAAGCCGAAAAUCCGAUGGGUUUCGGGCCGGAAGCGGAAGUUGAAGUGAAAACAACGAGCAUUCAACUGCCCCUCAAAAACCCUCCUCCUCCAAAAUGCGAUGAUCAACGGCCAUUCUCAUCAAAAGAAAUCUACGUAACAUGGCCGGAAAUCACUUUUUCGAAUGAAGAUGCGCCAAUUCGUUUUGUCCAGGUUGAAUAUCAAAAAGCGAACGAUGACGAAUGGACUCAUUACUCGGAUUCGAUCACGGCGAAACAAAAUCGAAUCACGAUUAAACGAUUAUUGCCGAAUACUCCGUAUCGAGUUCGGAUCCGUUUCCGAGGCGAUUUCGCCCAAUCGACUUGGAGUGCUGAAAGUGAAUGGAUAAAGACAUUGGGUGAUCGCCCGUCCGCUGGACCAUCACAAAUAACGACAGCUCCCUUUGAGAAUGACGGCAUUUUACUGCAGUGGACAACUCCCGAGAGAGUUGAUUGGAAUUCGGAUGUCUUGGGCUAUCGAAUCUCGUAUCGGGUGUAUCCAUCAAAUGAAAGCUGGCAGAGCUCCGAGAUCGCCCCGAGGCAUGAUCACGAGGCGAGAGAACAAACGAUUAUUAGAGGAUUGAGAAGAUUUCAACACUAUAUUGUCACGAUGAGAUCUUUGAAUGGACAAGGUGUCUCCGAUCCGACGACGCCCGUUUUUGUCUAUAUUGGUUUCUCGAUCCCCCGCGGCAAUGUAACCGGGCUAACUGCUGAGCCAUCAUCAAGUACAUCGAUAAAAUUGAAUUGGAACAAAUGGGAAGACAAAGAUGAUGUUAUAACUGGAUUCAAGAUCAGAUACGUGCCGUUGAUCUCGGUGCUAUCUCGUCAAUCUACCGAAGAACAGUUGUUGAUUGUGGAGAAUAACACAGCUCUGUUGACGGAUUUGAUGAAAUAUACACAAUAUCAGAUUUCGGUUUCGCCGUAUAAUCGAGCUGGAGAAGGGGGAAUGGCCGUCGUGAGGGAGACGACGCUGCAAGAUGUGCCGGGCCCAGUCGGCAGUCUGAUUUUCGAGGAUAUCCUCCUCGACAGUGUCAAUGUCUCGUGGAGUGUCCCCGAUCGACCAAAUGGACGAAUCGUUCGAUAUAUUGUCAACUAUUACACGUCAAAGCUACAAGAUGAAUUCCUGAAGAACAUCAAACAGCCCACGCAAAUGCCGUUCAUCGUUGUGACUGGAUUAGAGGAAGGCGCCACUUAUUUCUUUUCGGUUCACGCAGAGACGAGCGCUGGAGCUGGUCCGGAAAGGAGCGGCAAUGUAACGAUUGGAUCGGCUCCAGAUGGCCCGGUGGCUCCAAUGCGACCCCGAGCGAUCUCCGGCCAUACAUCGAUCACUCUUCAAUGGGUUGAUGGGACAGUGAUUGCUGAUGGAGUACUUGGACAUUUAAUCCAAGCCAAACGCGUGGCCAAUGCGGAAACGACAAAAAAGACGAUUUCCCCGGAAAAACGUAUCCGCAGAGCUUCGUACGAUGUGCCGACUCAUCGAAUGGGUGAAUGGGUCACAUUGAGUACCACAAUUGGAACAGCCACUAGUUUCGAGAUCAGUUAUCAUGAUCUUGUCGCCUCAUCGUACUACGUUUUUCGGAUUUUCGCUCGGAAUCGCCGGGGAGUCGGGAAAGCGAGUCCCGAAAGUGAUCAACUAUUUGUGCCGGCUUCAUUACCCGAGGAUCCGUUCUAUGCAAAACUUUGGUUCAUUGCAAUUGUUGGGAUGGCCACAUUGAUUGUCAUCAUUUUGGUCGUCGCCUUUCUUUGCAUCACGGGAAGUGCAAAGAAAGAAAAGAAGCGCCAUCACAGCAUCGAUUCACUCCAGCUGGCUGAUGGAAAUCUGGCAACAUUCCAUUUGAAACAAAGCAAUGAUCGGAUAAGUCGAAGCAGAAAUGAACCGUUGACAAGACCAGGGACGAAUACCUCGUGGAUAUCUGAUAGAGAACCACCCACAUAUGGAAGUGUAUUGGGUGGAGGGGGAAAUGGAGUGCCUAACAUGUAUGGACAUUUGGCCACGGACAUCAUGCCGAGGAUGAACGAUUUGGCGAACACGCAACGACUCUCGGUAUUGGCGGGUCGUGAUGUUCGUGGAAGUGUUUAUGCAAAAGGUGUAAACGCUCAAACAGCAAGAGCUGAUCUUUUAUCACCAAGAAGUACCCAUCAAGAACAACAAGAAAAUUCGGAUGGAUUCGAUUCGGAUGGAUUUGAUGAGGAGGGAGAUGGAAGUGAACGAAGUGUCGAUGCGGGAAAUGAUAUUGCUGGACAUUACAAUCAUUCUGAUCAUUAUAGUGCCACUUGGCGUCGUGUGCGUGCAAGAGAGGCACAAAUGAACGAGCAACCGCCGCGAAUCGGAAUCCCACCACAGCAACCAUACGAUCGACAAAGCUCAUCAGUUUUGCCGACAAGACCCGAAAGCUCGGAUGGAGCUGCGAGUGACACGUCUUGGCCUUCACACAAUGCCCCGGCACCGGGAAUUUCUUCCGGAGUUGAUAGAGUAGACAAUCAAUCCGAGCUGCUUUUUGUGUCUACGACUCGAUGUUGGCGGUUGCCCGAAGUUGGUGUCGACAAUAUGCGGCUGUGGGCUCGUUCAAGGCCACUCAUACGACCACUACUCGAUUCCUCGCCACUACAAGUACAGGUCAUCUCUCUUGCCUCAAUCGCCACAAACUCUCCACCACACUACCUUCAUCUUUCCUUUUCCUCAUACACUUCA